AUGAAGCUUUUUCUCCUCUUCGCCGCUUCGGUCGCGCUUAGUAUCAACGAUGGGGUGGAUGCUCUGAACGUCAAAAUUCCUGGUGUCGUAUACACCUCGCGAAAGGGUCUAACGGGGACUGAUGAUAGUAUGAAUUGCAAGUCAGCGACUGAAGUCCAAAAUGACAUGAAUUCUAUCAAGACUGUUGCUGACCGUGUUCGCAUCACCUCUUUGGUCGACUGUAACCAGGGUGAGCUCGUUCUGUCAGCUGCUCAAGCCGCUGGUCUUCAAGUGCAUCUUGGUCUCUCGACGGCUAAAGAUGAUAACGUCUUCCAGACCGAGAAGACAAAAUUGGCGAGUCUCAUUGACUCGAAUCAUUUCGGUGACCAUGUGAUUGCAGUGAGUGUCGGUUCCGGAUCGGUCUCUCAAGGACAAGUGAGCAUGGACACUUCCCUUACAUACAUUAAAAGUAUUCGUGACGACCUUCGUAGUCGUGGCAAAAUGACACCCGUUUCGACCGCCGAGCAUGUUUAUACCUACGAUGGUAACGUACAGCUCAUUGAAGCAGUUGAUUUUGUCUCGGCCAUUUCCAACACUUACUGGGAAAAGGCCUGGGUCAACGAAGCUGUCGCUUUGACCAUUGACCAAAUUAGGAGCGUGCGUGCAUCUGCCAAGAACCACAAUAAGAAAUUUGAGCUAGCCGAGACGACUUGGAGUUCGUUUGGUCAAGACUCAAGUGCCGCUGACUCAACGCCGGAGAACCAAGCCAAGUUCUUUUCUGAGCUAUACCAAGCAAUGUCUGUGCGUUCAAUCGAUUGGUACUGGAAUGGUGCCUUUGAUACCAUGUGGCGAGAAAAAGAGGUUGAGAAACACUUUGGUCUCUUUAAUGAGACAAACGCACUGAAAAGCAAUUUUGAAGGCCUUACUAUCACUCCUAAGAAACUGUUUUACAUUCAUCACAUUCGGUGGAAUUUCAUGAUAACGGAGUACGGUAAGGAUGUAUUCGUCCGUGGCAAAUCGAAUGAUCCGUUCGAUCAGGAGGAUCAGUGGUGGUACUACGACGAAACACUGCAGCAAUAUAGAAGUCCGACUAUGCGUUGUCUUGACGCCUACCAGUCAGGUAACGGCGGCGACGUUCAUGUAUACACAUGCAUAGAUACUGAAGGGAAUCAGAAAUGGAAGUGGGAUGAGGCGACAAUGCUGUUCAGACAUCUCACUCGUUUGGACAUGUGUCUCAAUACGGACCAAGCCAUGGCUUUUGCGCUUACAAUGUGGCCAUGCUCGCAGGGAAAUUCAAACCAGGAGUGGGAUCUGAUUCCUGUCUAG